UCUUCUCCCCAGGAUUUCAACAGCACCACAGAAAUAGCCAUUUUGCUCAUGGUGAUUUCCCAGACCCACACAAUAUAUCUAAGUCACUGGUAGGCCAUGUUUCUGUUCUGAGCCUUCCCACUUUCCUAAAGGGCAGAUGAAUAACGGAGCUGCGCACCCUGGGCUGCUGUUGGAAUCUGCCCUGCUUGGUGGUGGACGACUGCUUCUGUGGGUCACUUGGGGCGAGGUGGGCUCCACCUUCCCCAGGGAGAAAAGCAGAGUCCAACUCACGCUCAGGAGGCUGCUCAGAGCUGGAGGCCCACGCGGGAGCCCUGAGAUGCCGCGCCAAUUCCCCAAGCUGAACAUCUCUGAAGUGGACGAGCAAGUCCGACUUCUGGCCGAGAAGGUGUUUGCUAAAGUGCUCCGAGAAGAGGACAGCAAAGAUGCCUUGUCCCUCUUCACUGUCCCCGAGGACUGCCCCAUCGGGCAGAAGGAAGCCAAGGAGAGGGAGCUGCAGAAGGAGCUGGCAGAGCAGAAGUCUGCAGAGACCGCGAAAAGAAAGAAAAGUUUCAAGAUGAUUCGGUCCCAGUCCCUGUCUCUGCAAAUGCCAACACAGCAAGAUUGGAAGGGUCCCCCGACAGCCAGCCCAGCCAUGUCUCCCACAACCCCUGUGCCCACUGGAGCCACUUCCCAGCCCACGCCAGCACCCUAUGCCAUGCCCGAGUUCCAGCGAGUCACCAUCAGCGGAGAUUACUGUGCUGGGAUCACCGUGGAGGACUAUGAGCAGGCUGCCAAGAGCCUGGCAAAGGCCCUGAUGAUCCGGGAGAAGUACGCGCGGCUCGCCUACCACCGCUUCCCGCGGACCACGGCCCGGUAUCUGGGUCAUCCACAGACUGACACUGCCCCUCCGGAAGAGGGCCUCCCAGACUUCCACCCUCCCCCACUGCCCCAGGAAGACCCUUACUGCCUGCAUGAUGCACCCCCCAACCUGGGCUACUUGGUCCGCAUGCAGGGGGGCAUCCUCUUCGUGUAUGAUGACCAGAAGAUGCUGGAGCGCCAGGAGCCCCACAGCCUGCCCUACCCUGACCUGGAGACCUACACAGUGGACAUGAGCCACAUCCUGGCUCUCAUCACCGAUGGCCCAACGAAAACCUAUUGUCACCGGCGAUUGAACUUUCUGGAAUCCAAGUUCAGCCUUCAUGAGAUGUUAAAUGAAAUGUCUGAGUUCAAAGAAUUGAAGAGUAACCCCCACCGAGACUUCUAUAACGUGAGAAAGGUGGACACGCACAUCCACGCGGCGGCCUGCAUGAACCAGAAGCACUUGCUGCGCUUCAUCAAGCACACGUACCAGACGGAGCCGGACCGCACCGUGGCCGUGAAGCGGGGCCGGAAGAUCACCCUGCGGCAGGUGUUCGACAGCCUGCACAUGGACCCCUACGACCUCACUGUGGAUUCGCUGGACGUCCAUGCGGGUCGGCAGACAUUCCAUCGCUUUGACAAGUUCAACUCCAAGUACAACCCUGUGGGGGCCAGCGAGCUGCGUGACCUGUAUUUGAAAACUGAAAACUACCUGGGAGGAGAGUACUUUGCUCGGAUGGUCAAGGAGGUGGCCCGGGAGCUGGAGGAGAGCAAGUACCAGUACUCAGAGCCACGACUGUCCAUCUACGGCCGCAGUCCCGAGGAGUGGCCCAACCUGGCCCGCUGGUUCAUUCAGCACAAGGUCUACUCACCCAACAUGCGCUGGAUCAUCCAGGUGCCCCGGAUCUAUGACAUAUUUAGGGCAAAGAAGCUGCUGCCGAACUUUGGGAAGAUGCUGGAGAACAUCUUUCUGCCCCUUUUCCAGGCCACUAUCAACCCCCAAGAUCAUCGAGAGCUUCACCUCUUCCUAAAAUAUGUGACGGGGUUUGACAGCGUGGAUGAUGAGUCCAAGCAUAGCGACCACAUGUUCUCAGACAAGAGCCCCAGUCCAGACAUCUGGACCAGCGAGCAGAACCCGCCCUACAGCUACUACCUGUACUACAUGUAUGCCAACAUCAUGGUGCUGAACAACCUCCGCAGGGAGCGAGGCCUGAGCACGUUCCUGUUCCGGCCUCACUGUGGGGAGGCUGGCUCCAUCACCCACCUGGUGUCUGCUUUCCUAACUGCCGACAACAUUUCCCAUGGGCUGCUCCUCAAGAAGAGUCCGGUAUUGCAGUAUCUCUACUACCUUGCUCAGAUCCCCAUUGCCAUGUCUCCUCUUAGCAACAACAGUCUGUUCCUUGAAUAUUCCAAGAACCCUCUGAGGGAAUUCCUGCACAAGGGACUGCAUGUUUCUCUCUCCACCGAUGACCCCAUGCAGUUCCACUACACAAAGGAAGCACUUAUGGAAGAAUAUGCCAUUGCAGCUCAAGUGUGGAAGCUGAGCACGUGUGACCUGUGCGAGAUCGCCAGGAACAGCGUGCUGCAGAGCGGCCUCUCACAUCAGGAAAAGCAAAAGUUUUUGGGACAAAAUUAUUAUAAAGAAGGACAUGAAGGAAAUGAUAUUCGAAAGACAAAUGUUGCUCAGAUCCGGAUGGCAUUCCGAUACGAGACCUUAUGCAAUGAGCUCAGCUUCCUGUCUGAUGCCAUGAAAUCAGAAGAGAUCACAGCCCUGAUCAAAUAAGUUCAGCACUUGACAUGCAUUUUAACUUUCUGGUUUAAUUUCAAGUCUGCUGUGGCUAACAGUGACCAAACUAGGACUUUCCUCUGUGAAGAGGAUCCUCUGAAGAAAUUUCAAACUAGUGAUUUUGGUUGCACUGUUCACUUUAAGAUCUAACAUGCCCACUUCUGUUAAUAUUUCUGCAUAAUAGAUGGUGACUUCUCCUUGGGGACCUGGGAGCUAGGCACUUGUCUGUUCUUAUUCCUAAUUUUACAAAUAUUUCUCUUGAAACCCCCAGUACUUGAAUUGUUGGGGCCAGGAUCUUCCAUGUUCAAAUGCCAAGUGACAUGAGGUCUGUGUGGUUUCUGCCACGCUCCUCUCUGUAGGCCCUGCAGGCUAACUGGUAGUUGUUCAUUUCAGCCUCUGGCUGACUGGUUGCCUUAAAAUCAGUUUUGAAGCUCCCUUUCAUAAAGGGGCUACUUUGAGAAAAUUAAAAUUGAAAAUCCUUUCUUGACAAUUUACAUUUUUUAUGAAAUUCUUGAACUGUUUUAUUCAGCUUCCCUCCCUCUUUUCUAGUUGGGAAGUCAAAUGUACUCAUUAAACCGGUCACUCCUAUUCUGAAUCUUGGUUUCCUUCUCUAGAAAGUGAGGGUUUGGACUAGAUGAGUGGUUUUCAAAGGGUGUUCUGUGAAUCCUCCUUGUGGACCACUUCACAGUGGUGGAGGGAAGGGCGUGAGUGAGAUUCUGGAGACUGUCAAAGUGACUCUCCUUUUGUAAAUUUUACAUUGGAGCUGCUACAUAUUUUCAUUUGAAGUAAGGACUUUGAAAAGCACAGCACUAGAUGAUCUCUGUUGUUGGCUCUAAUAUUCUAUAAUUGUAGCCGAAUUAACAUUUUACCCAGGAAGAGUUAGGACCAGAGAAGUCAAAUUUGCUUAAGGUCACACACCUAAUAAAUAAUAGGACAAGAGCUAGUUUUCCUUAUUCCUAACCCAGUCCUUUCACCACUAUUCCAAUAAGCCUCACAAAUGUUAAUUUUUUUUUUUUUAAUCAUCGUAACCAGGUGCAUUAUUUUUUUAAGACAAAAUCUCUCCCUUAUUAACAUGAAGACUUCUUCAGAAGAUAUAGUGGUCCCAGGGGCCAGGUAGAAGUCAUUUUUUAAGACCAAUCUGAAUUUAAGCUUUACCAGUGUAGUCUUCAUCUGUGUUACUAGUGCCUGGUAUGUAGUAGGUGCUCAGUAAAUGCAUACUGAACAAUUAAGUGAAUUUCUCUGUUGGCAACGUUUUAAGGAUAUGUGCUCCUAGUACUCAACAAGCUACUCAAGGACCUUCCUUAUCUAUAUCUGUGGGCAAAUUCAGACUACAGGACAUCCUUCUGAAUCAGUAUAAAGUUAGAAUUCUAGUUUUGCCUGUGAACAUGUUUAUUUGUCUUGUCCUGUGACUUUAGGAUGAUUGCCCCUCCACCGGUCAACUUAGCAUACGGAACUGUAAAUGAGUCUUUUACUAGGCAAAUAUAUAUGCUAUCUCAUAGCUAGUUAUGAAAUUGAAUGAAAAUUCAUCGUUAACCUAAGGAUUCAUUAUUUUUGAAACGACCCCAUUUGUAUACAUUUGCUCUAAUAUAGCAAGUACUGUACAGUUUUUCAUUGUUAUUUUAUCUAUAUCAAGUAUUUUUAAAAAAUUAUUAAAGCCUGUUAGGACUGUGGCUCAAUAAUUUAAACCUAUUUCAAGUUAAUAUUUAAAGCCAAUGUUUCAGUUUUUUUACUUUAAGACUGGGCAUAAUGAAAAGCUAUCAAUAUUAUUAACUGCUAGUUUAUCUUUUACUAAGACAUGGAUGACAUUCACUAGGAAAACUCAAAAUUUUCAAACUGAAGCUCACUAGGCCCAGAAGGCAAACCUCUGCUAUCUUUUUCUCUAACUUCUGCCCUGCUUUAGUCCAUGAGAAAAGCCACACGUUCGUUUCUUUUUCUCUGGAUAUUAUGUUAGUCUGUUCAGCCAACACAUGCUGGAUUUUACCUGUCCUGCAAGCUUUUGACACCCUUUUCUAUAGCACUUUGAACUUUGAUUACAUCCUUGUAUUUAACUGGCCUUUUGGGGGAUAAAUCCCUACUUUCCUUUGUGUUCGUAAUUGGAAUAAAAGGCAGUUGUGUACUGGCCCAGGUUUUUAGAGGAAUGGUUUUUGAGGCAUGUUAUCCGUUACCUAUUCUAAAGGGCUCAAGUUCAUUCUGUGUUACUUCAAAUUGUACUGUUGAAAUGAUCGAUGUCAUUGCUCCCUGCCUUGUGAAAACAUAUCACAGCUCCUGGGUUGGUAUCUAUCAAUGCCUGUUCCCAGGCCUUUGCUGCCUCUUGGAUUAAAGCAGAGUUAAAAGCACA